AUGGAUAAUGAUAAUUUGUUUAAUAUUGACGAAAUAAGUGAUGUAGAAAAUGAUUGUGAAAAUGAAGUUUUAAGCGAUGAUAAUAUAAUAAUCCCAUUAACAAUAAAUGAAAACCUUACCUUAGUCUUAGAUCUAAUAUUAUUCAUGAAUAUAUCAGUCGAAUUUUUCACGUAA